AUGGCCCAAGUUUCUGCACCCUCUCCAUCAACGGCCACGCCCAACGAUUACAUCGAAAGUUUGUCCCAGGAGCAAAUCGAGCAUGACCAGAAAAUCGGGUUGAAGGCUAUCCGCCUCUUUUUGCAGAGCAAGGCGUCGUACGACGUGUUGCCCGUCAGCUACCGCCUUAUUGUGUUGGACACGUCCUUGCUUGUGAAGAAGUCGUUGAACAUCUUGCUCCAAAACAAUGUGGUGAGUGCACCGCUCUGGAACAACAAAACGUCGCGGUUUGCUGGGCUUUUGACACUGAGCGACUUCAUCAAUGUCAUCCAGUAUUAUUUCCAAUACCCCGAGAAGUUUGACUUGGUGGACCAGUUGACUUUGGACGGGCUCCGGGAUAUCGAAAAGGCGCUUGGCGUGGACCAGAUCGAGACUGAGUGCAUCCACCCCUUCAAGUCGCUAUACGAGGCGUGUGUCAAGAUGUUGGAGCUGAAGGCACGUCGUAUCCCCUUGAUCGACGAGGACGAGAAGACCCACCGAGAGAUUGUGGUGUCCGUGUUGACGCAGUACCGUAUCCUCAAGUUCGUGGCCUUGAACUGCAAAGAAACGAAGAUGUUGUUGAAGCCGUUGAAGCACAUUGCCGCGUUGAAGGACCUGAAACACAUCUCGAGGGCCACCAUGAGCACCCCUGUCAUUGAAGUUAUCCACCUCUUGACACAGAAUUCCGUCUCGUCAAUUCCGAUCGUCAACGAGCAAGACCGCUUGGUGAAUGUUUACGAGGCCGUUGAUGUGUUGGCGUUGGUCAAGGGUGGCAUGUACACCGACUUGGAUUUGAGUGUGGGCGACGCGCUUUUAAGAAGAGCGGAGGACUUUGAGGGUGUUCACACGUGCACUCUCAAUGACCGUUUGAGCACGAUAAUGGACACCAUCCGCAAGUCCAGACUACACAGACUCUUUGUCGUGGACGACGAGGGGCGCUUGCUCAACGUCAUCACGUUGAGUGACAUUUUGAACUACAUCCUAACUGGCGAGAGCUGA